AUGGAAGGGCAGCGGCUGCCGCCGGAGCGCCUGAAGUUUGCCCGGAGCGAGGUGCCGCGGGAGGUGGAGCUGGGGAGGGGGCGCGGGGCGGGGGUGGCGGGGAGCUCGGCCGCCUGUCAAAGUUUGAAACUCCUUUUCUCCCCCCGCCAGCCUCGCACCCUCUCGGGACGCCCCGACGGGUCCCCCCCCCACCCCACCCCACUCCCGUCCCGCCGCGGCGCCCGCAGGGAUGAGCGAUGGAGGGGCCGAGCCCGGCGGGAGCCCCGUGCUGCUGGCCGAGCCCGCGGCCACCGGGCGGGCCCGGGAGAAGCUGCCGACCCGGGCGGAGCUGGAGAGCGCCCUGCGCGCCGGCGGCGGCGGCGGCAGCGGCGGAGCCGCCGGCGGCUUCAAGGACAUCGCGGGAACGUCGGCGGUCAGCCCCGGCUCCUCCAAGCAGUGCGCCCCGGACACAGAGAGCCCGUCGGGGACCGGCGAGGCGGAUUACUGCCGCCGCAUCCUGGUGCGAGAUGCCAAAGGGACGAUCCGGGAGAUCGUGCUGCCCAAGGGGCUGGACCUGGACCGGCCCAAGCGGACGCGGACGUCCUUCACGGCGGAGCAGCUCUACCGCCUGGAGCUGGAAUUCCAGCGCUGCCAGUACGUGGUGGGCCGGGAAAGGACGGAGUUAGCGCGGCAGCUCAACCUCUCCGAGACGCAGCCUACAGGACCGUGUGCGGUGUCAACGGGCCACUGGUGGUGCUGGACAACGUCAAGUUCGCCCAGUACGCCGAGAUCGUGAACUUCACUCUGCCCAACGGCACCACCCGCAGCGGGCAGGUGCUGGAGGUGAUGGGCGCCAAGGCCAUCGUCCAGGUGUUUGAGGGCACAUCGGGCAUCGAUGCCAAGGCGACAACCUGCGAGUUCACGGGGGACAUCCUGCGCACGCCGGUGUCCGAGGACAUGCUGGGCCGGGUGUUCAACGGCUCCGCCAAACCCAUCGACAGCGGCCCCCCGGUGAUGGCCGAGGACUUCCUGGACAUCAACGGCCAGCCCAUCAACCCUCAUGGGCGCAUCUAUCCCGAGGAGAUGAUCCAGACAGGGAUCUCUCCCAUCGACGUCAUGAACAGCAUCGCCCGCGGACAGAAAAUUCCCAUCUUCUCCGCCGCCGGGCUGCCCCACAACGAGAUCGCGGCGCAGAUCUGCCGCCAGGCCGGGCUGGUGAAGAAAUCCAAGGACGUGGUGGAUUUCCACGAGGACAACUUCGCCAUCGUCUUCGCGGCCAUGGGGGUGAACAUGGAGACGGCGCGGUUCUUCAAGUCGGACUUCGAGCAGAACGGCUCCAUGGAGAACGUGUGCCUCUUCCUCAACCUGGCCAACGACCCCACGAUCGAGAGGAUCAUCACGCCGCGGCUGGCGCUGACCACGGCCGAGUUCCUGGCGUACCAGUGCGAGAAGCACGUGCUGGUCAUCCUGACCGACAUGAGCUCCUACGCCGAGGCCCUGCGCGAGGUGUCAGCAGCCAGGGAGGAGGUGCCGGGCCGCCGCGGCUUCCCCGGCUACAUGUACACGGACCUGGCCACCAUCUACGAGCGCGCCGGGCGCGUGGAGGGCAGGAACGGCUCCAUCACCCAGAUCCCCAUCCUCACCAUGCCCAACGACGACAUCACCCACCCCAUCCCCGACCUGACGGGCUUCAUCACCGAGGGCCAGAUCUACGUGGACCGGCAGCUCCACAACCGCCAGAUUUACCCCCCCAUCAACGUCCUGCCGUCCCUGUCGCGGCUGAUGAAAUCGGCCAUCGGAGAGGGAAUGACCAGGAAGGACCACGGGGACGUGUCCAACCAGCUGUACGCCUGCUACGCCAUCGGGAAGGACGUGCAGGCCAUGAAGGCCGUGGUGGGCGAGGAGGCCCUGUCCGCCGACGACCUCCUCUACCUGGAGUUCCUGCACAAGUUCGAGAAGCACUUCAUCUCCCAGGGUCCCUACGAGAACCGGAGCAUUUUCGAGUCGCUGGACAUCGGCUGGCAGCUCCUGCGCAUCUUCCCCAAGCAGCUCCUCAAGCGCAUCCCCGAAAACGUCCUGGCCGAGUUCUACCCCCGCGAGGCCAAGGCGCCCGAGCAGGGCACGGCCCUGUGACCCCAAAUCCCCACAAAACCCCCCUUUUCCUACAAUUGGAUCCCCCUUUUCCUACAAUUGGAUCCCCCUUUUCC